CGAGCCGGGGUCGUGGGGUGGAUCAGAGCCCCGGGUUUGGGGAGGCCGGGAUCCAGCCAGGGUGCUGAAAGGGCGAUUCGAGGUUGGUGCCCAAAACUGCACACCAUACUCCAAUUACUCCAUCGUCUCCACCAUACUUCAACAUCUGCCGGACGAUGCUGAGGAUGUUCUAUGAGUCUGUGGUGGCCAGUGCUAUCAUGUUUGCUGUUGUGUGCUGGGGCAGCAGGCUGAGGGUAGCAGACACCAACAGAAUCAACAAACUCAUUUGUAAGUGUCGAAAGUAGUUUGGGAAACCUACUCCGCCUGAAUCCCGCAGAUCUGACCUGUGGCACCGCGGUUACGGGAAUUAUGUACACACCUGAGAAGUUCUCGCAACAGCUGCAGUCCUAUGUGGUGUGGGUUAACUCCCAGCUGAAGAAAAAGCCCGGGUUAAAUCCUGUCCAGGACUUGCGGCAGGACCUGAGGGAUGGAGUGGUGCUCACUCACCUAGUGGAGAUAGUGGCCGGAGAGCAGCUCCAUGAUGUCUGCUUCAACCCCAGCAGCUACAAGGAAAUGAAGGAGAAUGCGGACAAGGUGCUGCAGUUCAUAGCCUCGAAAAAGAUUCGCAUGCACCAGACGUCCGCUCGGGACAUCGUUGAAGGCAAUUUGAAAUGUGUGAUGAGACUGAUUUUAGCUCUGGCAGCUCACUUCAAGCCGUCUGGUGUUAGGUCGUCCAGCCACAAGUCCGCCAUUCCCCUGGGGGGCCGGCCUGCCACAUCGGUGGAUAACCACAGGCCUCUCUCUGCAGCGGCCAUGGUGCAGAACGCGGCCGCGGCCCUCGCGGAGGCCCGUCAGGACGUCUCGCGCUCGGGGCGGGAGGUGUUCCGAUACAGACAGGAGGUACCGAGCGUUGAAGACGAAAUCACAAGCCCAUCCUGGAGCGUUCGAGCAAUGGUAAAGCAGUACGAAGGACAACAGAUGCCUUUAUCCCCACCUCUUUCACCAAGCGUCAGCUCCGCCAGUCCGACAAACAGCGCCAAGCCGGAAUCUGUCAGCAGCCGGCUGGAUGAAGGGUUGGAUUUGUCGUCCCAGAAGGAAGAAUGGGAACUCAGGCCUGACGACACCGUUGAAUCCCCAUGGAUGUCUACAAACUGUGGGAAGUCAUUCCUGAAUGACAGUCAGUCCCUUUGGGAGGACCAGCUGCUGGACCAGCAGGACCAGCUCGGGAAGGAGAUGGAGGAAGCCAGGAAGAUGAUUUCCAUCCUACAGGGGCUGCUGCUGAAUGGCUCGCUUCCCGAGGACGAGCAGGAAGGGUCGUUCCCCCUCAGCGAGCAGGGAGCCUGCGCCGAGGAGCAGCUGGUCAUCAUCAAGAGUCGGCUGGAUCUCAGCAUGGACGAAUGCCAGGAGCUAAAGAAAGAACUUUCAAAGUACAAACAGCAGAGCCGGAAUCUGCAGGGGGUAAAGGACGCCUUGCAGCACCGGGUAGCGCAGCAGGAGAACUCCAUCCUCCAGCUAAAGCAGGAGUUACUGAGGGCCAGCAUGGCGAAAGACGAACUGCUGAGUGAAAACCUCGACCUUCAGAGGAAGACCGAAGAAAGGAAUAAGAUCAUUGGGGAAUUCAAAAGGGAAAUGACUCAGAAGGAUCGACUCUUCCAGCAGCAGAAGGUGAAACUGGAUGAAACCCUGCGCAAGCUAACAGAAUUCACUCACGUCAAGGAUGACCUGCAGAGGGAGCUGGACCACAAGGAGGGCAUUCUUCACCAGCUGAUGAGCAGAGAGGACGAAGAGACAGAGGACUUCCAGGUGGUGCGGGAUUCCCUGCGGAGUCUGCGGAACAGCUUUGCCGGCAACGACCCUCAGCACCACACAAUUGACACGCUGGAACAGGGAAUCGCAAGUCUAUUGGACCGAAUGCACGUGGCCCAGGCACAGGGACGAGGCAGCAACAGGAGUCCUGUGAAAAAUUCCGGACGAGGAUCCGGCACGGAGAGGGAAUCUUGGUCGCAGAGUUCCACCUCUCUGCGUUUUCUUCCCGCUGCCAGUCGGAGGAACACUGCCCUGACUAAGGUGCUGUACUUCAUUGACCGCAGCCUCGUCCCCAUCAUGAUCAGCAUUGCGAAGAGCCUUGGUGAGGUGACUCUUAAAGACUUCAAAGCAGCAGUCGGUCGGGAAGGCAACUUCAGAUACCACUUUAAGGCCCUAGACCCGGAAUUCGGCACCGUCAAAGAGGAGCUUUUCCACGACGACGACAUCGUUCCCGGUUGGGAGGGUAAAAUAGUUGCCUGGAUUGAAGAGGACAACGGGGACAGCAGGUAGACGAAUUCUCUCCUCCGAUGUGGGAGUCUGCUUCUCGACAGCACUGCCGUCCGG